AUGGGCUCCUGGUUUAGUAAAGAAAAACAAGGAGACCUGAUUGAGAUUGACCGUUAUGGCUACAAGCACUGGGCCCUCUAUGCGGGAUAUGGCUACGUGAUCCAUCUGGCUCCUGCAAGUGGGUUCUCCACUGCUGACUCCUUGAAGAUCAAUCCCACAUUCACUACCAAAGGGAAGGUGAGAAAGGAGCUCCUGAAAGAUGUGGCGAGGGGCCAAGGCUAUCGGGUCAACAACAAAUGGGACGGCUUAUACAAACCCCUGCCCGUGAACAAGAUUAUCAGUUCUGCUAAUAAGAAGCUCGGUGAGGAGGCUGAGUACAAUAUUCUGAUGAAGAACUGUGAGCACUUUGUCACUGAACUGAGAUAUGGCAAGGCUAGAAGCCUGCAGACGACGCAGCAGCAAGGGCGGCCCCUGAGGUGGACUAAGGACUGGGGUCAUUAUGACGUGUCCCUGUGGGUGCAUCGACUGUAG